AUGAUGGAAGUAUCAAGUAUUUUCCAAACUACAAAAACAAUUAAUGGAAAAAUAGAUUGGAGAAACGUAUGGAUUUGGAAGAUGAAUGUGAAGUAGGCUUAAGCAGCAUCUCUUUACCUCACGAGUUGCUUUUACUACCUUACCUGGAAGCACUCUCAGAUGAUGCUUUUAUGAUGAGAACAAAACAAGUCGUGUACAGUACAACCAGUAAAACAAUUGACACCUUGACCAUGGAUGUGUAUUAUCGGGAUAUAAAAAACUGGCGUAUGGAAACUGCCUAC